AUGCCGCAAGUCGUAUUGCUCGUGGUGUGCGCGUUGGUCUGCGUCGCAGUUGCGAAUGCGACGGUCGUGAACGGACUGGGCGACCAGGUGCACAACGCCCGACCCAUUGUCGGGGUGAUGGCCCAGCCCACCUACGCCGACCCCCAGUACAAGGGACUCGGCCGCACCUACCUCGCCGCCGCCUACGUCAAAUGGCUUGAGAGUGCGGGCGCUCGCGUGGUCGCUGUGCAGUACCGACCCCCACACUUCGCCAGCAGCCUGCGCAGUGCCGCCUGA